CGGAGGAGUGAGGGAGGUCUGUGCUGCUGUGCUCGAUAAACGAGCAACAAGUCUGUUAGAGUGAAACUGUGAAUUAAAAAAAUAAAAUGCGAACUACGACUGGUUGGAUUAAAAAGAACUUUUAAUUACGAGUUCCUACUUGGAUUUAGCAGCUGGAGGAGUUGGCGGACGGCUCAGGAACAGAGUGAAGUUGUCAUGGCUGGCAUGUUUACUGAGCUGCCCUCCUAGACUUGCUUUAUAUAUACACGUACCCUAAAAUCUCUGCAACUCACACAAACACACCCACUUUGACUCGUGGUGUGUGUGUGAGGGAUGACAACCUCCCAUCUGAACGGCCAUGUUGCUGGGGAGGGAGGAGGAGGAGGAGGAGAUGAAGAGCUGAGGGGAGGACAGCAGCACCGAGAAAUGGCUGUGGACUGUCCGGGAGACCUGGGGAGUCGAACGCUACCGGUCCGACGAUCUGCACAGCUGGAGAGGAUACGACAUCACCAGGAGGAUCUUCGGCGUCGUAGAGAGGAGGAGGGUCGGCAGCUGGACCUGAACGCCUCGCUCAGACUCAGGAAGCUCUCCCAGCAUCCCCACGUCGGCAUCGACAACCCCACAUUCCUGCAAGACUCAUACACACCGCAGCAGCCAGCACUCAGCAGCCAGCACACACAUCCGCUGCUGGAGUUAGAGGAGCUGCUGCUGUCACUGAAGCAGGUCCGGAGCUGCCUGUCCGACCAGCAGAGUCAGAAUGACAUAGAGCUGGUUCUUGCACUACUAAACAAGUCUGACUUCCAGUCAGCACUGAAGAUCCAUAAUGCUGUGGCCAACAGCAUGCACCGACCCUCUCCUCCAUACCCGCACACACACCAGGCACUUCAGCUGGCCAUGGAGGCCAGGAAUCUCAUCCAGUCAAGUCAGAACAAAGAGGGACUCGAACUCUACAGCCUACUGUCAGACACACACAUCCAGUCACUGCUCCUGGCCCAUGACAGCAUAGCAGAAAUGGAAAUGCAGCCUGAGUCGCUGCCCGCCCAAGGAGAAACACUGACCCAGUGGGGAGGAGAGACUGUCAAGAUAGUUCGCAUAGAGAAAGCCCAAGACAUACCACUUGGGGCAACUGUCAGAAAUGAAAUGGACAGUGUUAUCAUCAGUCGUAUUGUUCGGGGUGGAGCAGCUGAAAGGAGUGGACUUUUAUCAGAAGGAGAUGAAAUACUGGAGAUAAAUGGCAUAGAGAUCAGAGGGAAAGAUGUCAACCAAGUCUUUGAUAUUCUUGCGGACAUGCACGGCCUCCUGACCUUUGUGCUUAUUCCCAGCACUCAGAGCAAACCUCCUCCUGUCAAAGAAUCUGUGGUUCACGUGAAGGCACAUUUUGACUAUGACCCAUCAGAUGACCCCUAUGUGCCGUGCAGAGAGCUGGGCUUGUCUUUCCAGAAAGGAGAUAUUCUCCACAUUAUCAGCCAGUCAGACCCCAACUGGUGGCAGGCCUACAGGGAUGGAGAUGAGGACAACCAGCCCUUAGCUGGACUGGUACCAGGGAAGAGUUUCCAGCAGCAGAGAGAAGCAAUGAAACAGACCAUAGAAGAAGACAAGGAGCCUGAGAAGUCAGGGAAGCUGUGGUGCGCAAAGAAGAACAAAAGGAAGAGAAAGAAGCUGCUGUACAAUGCUCACAGGAAUGAUGAUAUUGAUAAUGAGGAGAUUCUCACCUAUGAGGAGAUGGCUCUAUACCACCAACCAGCCAAUAGGAAGCGGCCGAUCGCUCUGAUUGGUCCAACCAGCUGCGGGCAGGCAGAGCUUCGACAGAGACUGCUCAACAGUCAACAAGAACGGUUUGCUGGAGCUGUACCCCACACCACGCGGAGCCGUCGAGAUGGUGAGCUGAGUGGUCGAGAUUACCACUUUGUGUCUCGUCAGACCUUUGAGGCAGAAUUGGCAGCAGGAAAGCUGAUCGAGUCUGGCGAGUUUGAGAAGAACCUGUACGGGACAAGUACAGACUCAGUGAGACAGGUCAUCAACACUGGAAAAAUCUGUGUGCUCUGUCUGCACACACAGGCUCUAAAGGUGCUGAGGAGUUCAGACUUAAAGCCUUACAUCGUCUUCAUAGCUCCGCCCUCCCAGGAAAGACUCCGAGCCCUGUUGGCUAAAGACAACAAGAACCCCAAGCCCGAGGAGCUGCGGGACAUCAUUGAGAAAGCGCGGGAGAUGGAGCAGAGCUGCGGUCACCUGUUCGACGCUGUCAUCGUCAACACGGACCAGGACAAAGCCUACAACGAGCUGCUACGACUCAUCAACAAACUGGACACUGAACCCCAGUGGGUGCCCUGCUCCUGGCUGCGUUGAACACACACACACAUUCACAUACCAAUCAUAGAGCGACAGUGGAGUACACAUCUAUAGAGACUCAACCAACUGGAACCUGAAAUAACUGUGCGAGAGUUACAACCAACUAUAAGGGUUACUGUUUGGAGAAAACCGACAUGAGAUUUUGUGAGUUGCAAUGUUGUGAUAUAAAGCUGACUUUUUAUGGGAAAACAUCACAAUAUUAAAGGUACAAUAUGCAGGGUUUUCCUCAAAACGAUAGAGAUUCAAACAAAAGUAAUCCUCUGUAUUUGGAGCUGGAUGGUUCAUUAGGUGUGCUGUUGGAAUAUAUAUAGCCUACCAUUCAGUUACUCAUUACGCCACACUCACAGAGCAGAGCUUGGGCACAGACGUAGCAGCAGAACACAAGCACAGUGAAAGUGAAACUUAACCAUUGUGCAGGGUCUAGAGGUUUGCUUUCACUAACAAGCAACUGCUCCUCUUAUCUAUUGAUCUGAUCUGAUCAGCUCUGAUGGAAUGGAAUGGUCAGUUAUCCACCCUUGACUCAAAACUCCCCAAACUGCUGCUGAGGAAAAAAAGAGUUCCACCUGUUUACAAACCGUAACAAACAACCCCUGCAUUGUGUACCUUUACAACAUAAAGUUGUCGUUGUAGUUGAAAAAGUCAUAAUAUUAUAAGAUAAAUUCAUGAUUUUAUGGAAAAAACUAUAAAGAUAAUGUAAUUUAAUGAGGAAAAUUAGAACAUUCAUUCAUUUUCAUUCAUUAGUCACUUAUCGUGAUAAGGGUCAUGGGGGAGCUGGAGCUGACAUUGGGCGAGUGCUGACACAUAGAGACAGACAACCAUUCACGCUCAUAUUCACACCUAUAGGCAAAGUAUACUCACCAAUUAACCUGCAAAUAAUAACAUUAUGAAAAAAUUUGUUCACAAGAAAGUCAGACUAUAGUGAGAAUAAAUUGUAAAAGACAACUCUUAAUGUAAUCAAAUUAAGUUGUAAAUUUACUUGAAAAAUUCCAAAAUAAAAUUAGGGAUUAAGUUGUGAUUUCACUUGAAAAAAAGGUUGUUUUUUUUUGUUUUGUUUUUUUUUAACAAAAUGAUAUUAUUAGUUUGCAUAGAUUAGAUUGCACAUGCAUGUUUUAGUGUGUCCUGGCGGUCCUAAUUUAUCUGUCUCUUUUCUAUGAGAGGCAUCAGCACCUCUAUCAGAAUGAGUUUAGUCAUGAGCAGAAUAUUAAUCUUCACUCAGUACACACCACACUACUCUGACAGUUGAUUGUGUCUGCUUUUCAUCACAAAGCCUACUGGACUAUAUUCUUCUCUGAUGCUGAGAACACUUCGGCGUAGCUGUCUGGAGGAAGAGUCCCAACUCCAGCAGCUACCUCCAGCACAUCCAGUUUCAUGACUUACACUUUAUGUAACUAGUUUCAGUUCAUUUCAAUAUCCUGCAAGCUGUGAUAUUAAUGUGCUUACUGGUGGAACCUGUAACUUCAGGUCACAUUCCCUCAUUUGACACAAAAGACUGCCCUCAUCUGUUUGCUAUGGCUGACUAUGAAAAUAAGAUCUUGUAAUUCUACAACUUCAGUUCGAAAGAUAUUAGAAUUAGUUUUAAAAUUACAGUAUUAUCCCAUAAUAUUAGGACUCUUUCUUGUAAAUCUUUAUCUUAAUUCUGUUACUCUAUUCAUAACAUGGAACAUUUUGUUCUCAAAGUAACCUUUUUCUCUUGAUAUUACUUCUCAAAAUAUGACUGUAUUUCUAGUACAAUUAGGACUGUAUCUCAAAAAAGCACAACUCUGUCCUUACAACUUUAUUCUUGUCAUUUUAUGACUCUUUUCUGUAAAAUCUCGUUUUUUGAAUUCUGACUUUUUUGUAAUUCUACAACUUUAAUUAUAAUAUACAACGUUGUAUUUUCUUCGUAAAAAUUAUGACUUUAUAUCUGUUAGAUUUUUCCAGUAAAAUCACAAAUUUAUUGUUGAAACAUUACAACUUCUUGUAAUUGUAACUUUAUUCUCAUAACAUUGUGACUUUUUUCUCAGAAUCUCAGGUUAGUGUUUUUCUUAACAUUGACCCUAAUACUCUGUUGUACUGCAGAAACUAGAUACUCAGCAUCUUUUAGAAUGUAUUCACCUGUUGGCACUGGUAAUGACACACACAUGCAAUCUAAACUUUUGUGCAUUGUAUGUUCUUAAAGGGAGAAAACCCUCAACUAAGUGAUCUUACAUCGUGCCUAACUGGUCCAUAGUGUUUGUAUCCAGCAGUGACACUUAUAUGUCUUUUUCUUAUCAUCACAAUUCUUAGUGAGACCAAAAUAUGGACCUGGAAAAUACUUUUUUUUUCUUUCUUUCUUUUCAUUUUGUGUGUUUUAUUGUAAGAGUUGUUCUGUCUCAGAAAAGCGGGGCCUCAUUCGCGAAGCAUUGUCUGCCUUUAUCCUGUGAUCAUUUCAACCAGUCUGAUUAAAACUGUUGCAGUUACGACAGUCGAAUUACCUUAACUUUUUGCAGUGCAGAGAAUCCAUGUAAACAUUUGAUUUAUAUGUAUACAAGCUUCUAAGUGUUUUUUAUUAAAUGACUCAGGCUUGGUGUAGAGAUGAGGCCCCUGGUGAGGAGUAAAUGUGAAAAUCACACACACAGACACUAAGUACUCAUUUAAAUCCACACUGAGCCACAGCAUCUACUGCUAUGAAGAACCCUCAUUAACACACACACACACAGUCCUGUAUGUACACAUCACAGCAGUGCAUUAGAUACUGACUUUCCUCUGGACUGGAAGUCUGCUGAUGUAUGGCCUGAAGCUGCAGCCUUCUGACUGCCUGACUGACUGACUGGUUUUUGACUGUCUCUCUUGUUAAAAUGCACACUAUUACAAUAAACACUAAAAUAAUGAACACAGCACUUGAUACUUCCUGUUUUAUUCACUCUGUUUUUUUUUCUGACUGACCUCUGACUGUCUCGUCAGCCGACCCUUUCUGUCCUGUCUGAUCACAUUUGAGUAGAAUCGACCUCUGAGCCUUGAGGGCUGAGCAGGUAAACAAACGUGAAAGUUGUAGUUUUUAGUCAGGUUCCUGAUCGGCACAUGAUGCUGAAUUUAUUAUAUAUUUAGUGUGUGUGUGGUUGCGUGGGAAUGAAUGUGUACGAGUGUGUGUGAGUGCCUGUCUUUGAAGACAGUUAAGUAUUAUUAUAAUGACCUGAAGUAGAUCUGACAAAAUAUACUGUUAUCACUGGGUAGAGCAUUUAUAUAUUUGAUAUAUUGAAAAUAGAUUUAUGAAGUCCAGAAUGCACCAUUAGGAUUACAGGUUUCACCUUUCACCUCAACUGCCAUUGGUCCAGGAGUGGGGGUGGGGCUAAGUGGAAUUAACUGUAUUGAAUGUAAAGUUAAUUGACACCACUUGUUGUUUAUCGGACAUCACUUCUUCCUGAGUAAAUCUGCUUUUUGUAUGAAUAUUCACAAUGAAUAAAUAAAGAAAUAGAUGAUUGAUAGAAAA